UGGUGCUUGAGGUGUCUGAGGUACUGCUGCUUAAGACCAGACCAGAGCCUGGGACUGACUCCAGAGCUUCUCUGAGCUCCACUUCUUACUGAUCCCUGCUUCUGGAUCGAUCUGCCUGUUGUGUGUCUCAAGGAGAAAUUGUCACUAUCUUUUUUGAAUUUGGAACUGUUUGUACUCAUUGGAACAAAAUAAUGGAUCUCACCACUUUUUACUUCCUGACCACUACUUUGGUUUUGAUACUGGAACAUGAAGCAUACUCAGACUCCACUGCCCCUGGGCCUGGCGCAGAGGAGGGCCCCGUGAUGCAGCUCAUCUACAGACCCCUACGGCGGGAGAAGCGUUGUUCCUGUGAGAACCUGAAUGAUAAAGAAUGUGUGUACUUCUGCCACAUUGGCAUCGUCUGGGUCAACACUCCUAGUCAGGUAGUGCCAUAUGGAGUGGGCUCCUUCCCUGUUCGACUGAGGAGAGAGGUGGGACGGUGCGUCUGCCUGAAGAGAAGGGACUUUGAGUGUCUUUACUUCUGCUCUGCCUUGCGUACACUCAAAGAAGGUCAAAAUGAUUUGGUCAAGAGGACAUUUGCGACAAAUUUGAAGAAGAGAUAUAAGGCUGAAAUGUCAAAUAAAAGGAUCCAACAAACACUUAACGCAAGAAACCUGAAAGAAGAGAAUGGACACUAGUUUCAUCACCCUAGUUUCAUGUCAUCUGAUUGGUCUCUUUUACAAUAUGACGCAAAAGGACAUUGUACAGUGGUGGGGCACUUCUGAAACGUAUUUAUGAAAUGUUGUAACUUUGCCGUCUUUUUGUGAUUGUGACUCAUUCUCAAAUGUUUUAAUGCUGUACAUAAAUAUUUUGUUACUUUACAACAUACAGUACAUACGUCAUUUUCAAAUCAAAUGAAGUUAUAUAGUUACAGUAAUGCAUAAAUGAGCAGUAUUUAAGAUGUUACAUGUAAAAAUGUCUUGUAUCUCUGUCAAUGUUGUUUCUGCAUGUUACACUGUUUUGGCCUCGACAUCCUUUCGCUGUCAUGGAGCUAGAACGUGAAAGACAUGCUAGAAAUGGAAAGCAAUGCAGUUCACGGGUCUUAAAAGUGAGUUACAGCAUGUAUCAAACUAGACAGGGAAUCAUCUGUGUGAUCUAGGACAGGUGGGUCAUUUAACGCAUCAUAUAUCCAAAAGGUAUUCAAGUAGAGUUUACAUGUCACGGCAGUGGUAUUCAACGUCGGGGUUGCCAAAAUAGUCCCUGCUGAACAAGUUUGAAUACCAGUGUUACAAUUAAAAUUGCAUUGCUACCAAACAUGGAUUCCAGACUAGGGCUGGUAUUCAAGCAAACCUGCAAGGCUACCAGACCGCUGAAGAAAAACCCAUUCCAUACAGUAUUACUAUCUCUACAGGGUCCAAAGCUAGUCUGUAUUGACAUAGUAUCUGAUAACUAGCUAUGCAGGUUUGUUUGAGCACCAGUAUUGUUUAAAAGAUGAUCAAAUGACUAUUUAUUUUGUUUGUGAGAUGAUUUUAUAGCUAAUACAUUCAAAUCUAAACAACAUCCUUGUCACAGUGUGGUUUUAUUACAAUAGUCCCUUGUUUGUUACAGUGAUCUUCCAUCAACCCUUGAGUCUAGAUCUGCCUGUGAAAUGUUCCGUAUAGGCACAGACUAAGAAGUGUGUGUGGUAUGUACAGUACAUUAUGUAUCACUUACAAUGAAGGAACAUUCAUUGGCCGAACGCCCUAGCCUGUCCCGCAUUUAUGGAUCAAAAGGAUAGUGGCUGUCAGCCAAUCAUCAUACCUCUUCUCUUCUCUGGUCACCUUGCGGUCAGGUCAAGCGUUGCUCUGGGGAUCAGUGUCCUCUCUGUGCUCCCUGCGGAGCGUCGUUCUGCCAGCAUGAAGAAGCCCACAGGACCGCUGGAUUGAACAUGAUUACAGCCUGAACCCUAUCUAAUCUUCUCCCACAAAGCUGUUCUCACCACUCAGAGGAAAAUAACUCAGUUCUCGCUGCA